AUGCUCCGACAGAAGAGCUUGGAAGGAGCCCGAAAUACCAAGAGAUUCCAAGCCCAAAAUGAGAAGGACUUGGCCCCAUCGGAACUAUUCCACCACCGACACGAUUACGGCGUGUUGAUUUGCACUACUUGUCGCUAUGCAAUUCAGCCUGGAGCGAUCCGGCGUCAUCUGAAAGACAUCCACCAUCUUCAGCACGAGAAGAGACGCCCUUUUAUUGCAUAUACCAAGGAUCUCAAACUGAAGAGACCAGAGGAAGUGCAGUCGCCUCUUCCGGAAGAUUUCCCUGUACCACAUUUACCAGCCGAGAAGGGAUGGCGAUGUUUGGCGCCGGGCUGCGAUUACCUUUGCGCCUCAAACAAACGAAUGGAAAAUCACUGGCCCGCAGUUCAUGCCAAAAAGGGUACUCCGGAGAUUGACUGGUGUUUUGCAUUGCUGCAGACCUUUUUUCGCGGUAGAAUGCUACGCUACUUCACCGGCCAGAACCAACGAGAACUCCAGAGCACCCGGCAAAAAUCAGGUCAAAUAGCAAAAUUCCAAGAGCUUUCAGUCAGCCCAGACCAGCUACUGGAAACAUCGCUGGUAAAAAGUGUGCAAGAAAAGUACGACUUGGAUGCCCUCGAUUCCCAAUUGCUGAGCCAUUAUUUGGACUCCUCAUACAAAACCUUUGUGACCAACAAGAAAUCCGAAGAUGUCUGGAAUGAAGUCGUACCGGGACUUGCUUGUGACAAGAAGUUUCUCCUACAAGGAAUACUAGCCUGCACGGCUUUACACGUGGCACAUUUAAAUCCAGCCGAGCGCCAGAAAUACAUACUUCGAGGAUGCUGCCACCAAGAGGCCGCUAUUCCCGAAUUCCGCCAAGCCAUUGAUAACCCAACGGAAGAUAAUUGCGACGCAAUCAUCGCAUUUGGGUAUUUCCUCGUGGUAUACUCCUUGGCAACCGACCUUGAACAUUCCACCAAUCCUCUCCUUAUAAUUGAUACCACCCUAUCCAACACCGAGGAUAUCAUCCCUCACUGGCUGCAUUUUAUCCGCACUGGCUGUCAUAUGCUUAAAGAUGUCUGGCAUAGGAUUGAAAGUGGCCGCGCCAGCAUCUUGGCAGCUGCCUGGGAGAGAAACUUGGAGAUUAGCGAUGAAGACAAACGAUCUCAUUUGGAUUUUUUCUUGUCUAUCAUUCCAAAGAAAGGCACCUGGUCGGAUGAAAGCACGAGGGUGUAUCGCCAUGCAGCGAACCUUCUGGCCGAGUCAAUUGCAUUUGUUGAUCGAGCCAAGAAGACCAUUGGUUUAACCGCGUGGAAUGUACUUGGGACCUGGCCGGUGCGCAUCGAGCAGGGGUUUUUUACCUUGACUUCGGAAAAGCAUCCCGGGGCUCUCAUUCUACUUGCACAUUACUGCGUGAUCUUGAAUCAAAUUGGGGACUGCUGGUAUAUUGGGGGAAGACCCGGUAUGUUGAUUGCAUCAAUUGCACGGAUAUUGGAUAAAAGAUGGCAUACCUACAUUAAAGGUGCUGUUGAAGAAAUUUUGGGACCAAGAGGUUUAAAGGACAUGUAA